UUUUUGUUUCAAAUGUGCCCUUCCUGAAGUCCAACAACCAAGGUACCGGGGGACUGGGGAGCGCUGCCGCGCUAGCGAGGGCCAAAAAAAAAAAAAAUGGGGAAGAAGACGAAGAAGCCAGGGAAAGGCAAGGAGAAAACAGAGAGAAAAACUGCGAAAGCAGAGGAGAAGAGAGCUCGCAGGGAGACCAAGAAGCUUUCCCCGGAGGACGAUAUCGAUGCCAUAUUGUUAAAUAUACAGAAGGAAGAAGCCAAAAAGAAGGAAGUUCAGAUUGAAGACAAUGUUCCUGCACCUUCUCCUCGAUCCAACUGUACGCUCACAGUUAAUCCCUUGAAAGAGACAGAGUUGAUUCUUUAUGGUGGCGAGUUUUACAACGGUAACAAGACCUUUGUCUAUGGUGAUCUUUACCGAUAUGAUGUGGAGAAGCUGGAAUGGAAACUAAUUUCAAGUCCUAAUAGUCCUCCCCCUCGCAGUGCUCAUCAGGCAGUUGCAUGGAAGAAUUAUCUUUAUAUUUUUGGCGGUGAAUUCACAUCUCCAAACCAAGAACGAUUUCAUCAUUACAAGGACUUUUGGAUGUUGGACUUGAAAACAAAUCAAUGGGAACAACUUAAUUUGAAAGGUUGCCCAAGUCCACGCUCUGGACAUCGAAUGGUAUUGUACAAGCACAAGGUUAUUGUUUUUGGCGGCUUCUAUGACACUCUUAGAGAAGUGAGGUACUACAAUGAUCUAUUUGUAUUUGACCUCGAUCAAUUUAAGUGGCAAGAAAUAAAACCUAAGCCUGGUGCAAUGUGGCCAAGUGGGCGGAGUGGUUUUCAAUUAUUUGCUUACCAAGAUGAGAUUUUUUUGUACGGGGGCUAUUCAAAAGAAGUUUCAUCUGAUAAGAGUAUCUCCGAAAAAGGCAUUGUUCAUUCAGACAUGUGGUCCCUUGAUCCUAAGACUUGGGAAUGGAAUAAGGUCAAGAAAAGUGGAAUGCCUCCAGGGCCUCGUGCUGGGUUUUCCAUGUGUGUCCAUAAGAGGAGGGCUGUGCUCUUUGGAGGUGUUGUGGAUAUGGAAGUUGAAGGUGAUAAAAUGAUGAGCCUGUUCUUAAAUGAGCUUUAUGGCUUUCAAUUAGAUAACAAUCGCUGGUAUCCACUGGAGUUAAGAAAGGAGAAGUCAACGAAAGAUAAGUUAAAAAAGAAUGAACGGAAGUCUAUAGAUGGUGUUGAUGACAAAACCAAUCCACAAUUGGAAGCAAGAGAAGAAAAUGAGGGUUCGGAAUGCCAAGAAGAAGCAAGCAAUGCGGGAGUCAACAUUGAUAAUGUAUCCCAGAAUAUUAAAUCAAAUAUGAGUAUUGUUGAUAGUGCAACAGUUGAAUCUGCAAGAAACCUGCAGGAAUCUGGUGUUAACUUGGACAUUCAAAGUUCUUUGCCUGAGGUCGUGAAGCCUUGUGGACGUAUUAAUUCCUGCAUGGUUGUUGGGAGAGAUACAUUAUACGUAUAUGGUGGGACUAUGGAGAUUAAGGAUCGAGAAAUCACUCUUGAUGACUUGUAUACUCUGAAUCUUAGCAAACUUGAUGAGUGGAAGUGCAUUAAACCGUCAUCAGAAUCUGAAUGGAUGGAGGUUUCAGAUGAUGAUAAUGAAGAUGAUGAAGAUGAUGAAGAAGACGGUGAAGAUGAAUCUGAUGGCGAUACCCUAAGUGAUGAUGAUGAGGACAAGGAGGAGAAUGAAUCAGCUAAAGUGGGAGAUGCUGUUGCUUUGAUUAAAGGUGGGGUGAAAAAUCUGCGGAGAAAAGAAAGAAGGUCACGAAUAGAGCAGAUCAGAGCAAGCCUUGGCUUGUCAGAUUCGCAAAGAACACCAAUGCCAGGAGAAUCCUUGAGGGAUUUCUAUAGACGCACAAAUUUGUAUUGGCAAAUGGCUGCUCAUGAGCAUACUCAACACACUGGAAAGGAACUCCGCAAGGAUGGGUUUGAUCUUGCUGAAGUUCGUUUCAGGGAACUAAAGCCUAUACUUGAUGAGCUGGCCCUAUUAGAAGCUGAGCAGAAAGCUGAAGAGAACGAAGGGCCUGAAAUUAGUUUAAAGAAAAGAGGCAAGAAGAAAACUAGGAACUAAUUUUUUGGCACGAAAAUCCGUUGUAAUCAAGGUUGUAAUUUAAUAUGCAAUUUUGACAUAGUUUGAUGUCAUGAGAUGCAGAGUAUGUGCUAGGAACUGCAUCCAUAUGCCUAUGACUGUAUGAGCUUAUCGAUGAUCUUGCAAUGAAACCUGACUUCUAUGCGUGUUUGGUUUCAUGGUUCCAGUUUAUAACAUGAAACCAAAUAUGCUCUCUCUGCUGUGUGGGGUAUGGACUGUGCAAUAGUUUCGCCCCGGGCUUAUUCCCUUGCGUUUCUUCUUUUUUGGAAAUAGAUUUAUGGGGCACUCACAUUGCACAGCAGAGAAGUCAGUGGCCUUGCGAUUAACCCUUAAA